AUGUCGACCAAUAAAAAACAAAGCAUCCUAGUUUUACCAGCAGAUGUUCUGGCCCAAUCAGAUCAGUCGAUAAUUUCUAGUAUUGUCGAUUUUAUUAAUAGGGGCUAUGAUAGAAAUCGCUCGAAGUACAAUCUCAUCCUUUCGCAACGAAUCAAAAAUAGUGAAUCCUUUUUUACAGACCUCGGUUUUGAUAAGAACCAGCAUCAAAGCCAUCUUUUUUUGAUGAUAGAUGAUUGGACACUUAUCACCACGCAUUUUCAUGAACUUUUUGUAGAGUUUUCAUCCAAAAGCGAACCCUCCAGAGUAUGGUACACGCCGAUUAAACCUCUUCCCGAGAACAUUAGUUUCAGUUCUGCCAUUGCUUCUAUUGGCUUCAAACCGGUGUGUAACGAGCCAGGAUGCUUUGAAGUUACCGGAUUCACUUCUUGCAAGCCUGGUGCUGGAAAAGACCUUCUUCAGGCUACGGCAAAAUACUACAAUGUAGAUCUCGGAGCCCGUAGACUAGUUGCCGUUGUAAUUGUCGAGCAUGACCUCCUCAAAUAUUAUCAAGAGAUACAUGGCUUCCAAGAAGUUGAAAGACAACUCAUUGAGAAAGAUAGUGUCUCAGAGACUCUUGAAGACGGCGUUGUGGCACGGAGCGAUUUUACCUUAGCAAAGCUCGUAAAAGAUUUUUAA